UCGCACAGGAUAAUGAAAUGAAAAUUCCUUUCUGAUAUCCCAUGAAACAUUAACACUGGAUUGCAUAGACUUUCUGUUCCAGCAAAUACCAGCAUGUACAGACCAGGAGAGAAAGCGAAACGUCGGACGCAUGGUUCCAGCAUAAGAAGCGUUGAAGUUGCUAGAGGGAGAGCAGGAUAUGGCUUUACUCUUUCUGGUCAAGCUCCCUGUGUUCUGAGUUGUGUUUUAAAAGGCAGCCCUGCUGAUUUUGUGGGACUUAAAGCAGGAGAUAAAAUAUUUGGAAUAAAUGAAAUUAAUGUAAAAAAAGCAUCCCAUGAAGACGUGGUAAAGUUAAUAGGCAAGUGCACUGGAAUUUUACACAUGAUCAUUGCUGAAGGGGUUGGCCAUGCAGACUCUUGUUCAAGUGAUGAAGAAGUUGGGUUUUAUGAUGGGAAGGGGUGGCUAAAGCCAAAGCCUGACUCAAAAGGAUUGGGUAUAAACAGAGCUGAGAAAGUUGUUGAGGAAAUGCAAUCUGGUGGAAUUUUCAACAUGAUCUUUGAAAAUUCUAAUAUUUGUACAAGUAAUACACAGACCUCAGUAAGAAAGCAAAUGCCGGUUUAUGAAACAGCUGCUGUUAAAUUAGAAACAGGAACUGAACAUGUAAACAAUAAUAUACUCUGUAAUGAGGAACUGCCAAAAGCCUUGAAUGAUGAUUCAAUUUUUAGAAUGGGAUUGGAAAACCAGGAAUAUUUUGGAUUUGAUGCAAGUAUUUUAAAUGUAGCUAUGGUUGUAGGCUACCUAGGAUCAAUUGAGCUUCCUUCGUCAAAUUCAAAUCUGGAAUAUGACAGUUUACAGGCCAUUCGUGGAUGCAUGCGACGUCUUCGGGCAGAACAAAAAAUUCAUUCAUUGGUGGUGAUGAAGAUUAUGCACGACUCUGUUCAACUCUGCAGUAAUAAAACUGGUGUGAUUGCAGAGUAUCCUGCAGAGAAACUAGCAUUUAGUGCUGUAUGCCCUGAUGACCGAAGAUUUUUUGGGCUAGUUACCAUGCAGGCCAUUGAUGAUGCAAGUUUAGCUCAGGAAGAUGAAACGGUUUUGAGGACAUCUUGUCAUGUAUUUAUGGUAGAUCCAGAGCUGUUUCAUCAUAAAAUUCACCAAGGCAUUGCACGACGUUUUGGAUUGGAAUGUACAGCAGAUCCAGACACUAAUGGCUGUCUAGAAUUUCCAAUGUCAUGUCUAUCUGUUCUUCAGUUUGUCUCAGUUUUGUACAGGGACAUGGGGGAAUUCAUUGAGGGAGUGCGAGCCAGGGCAUUUCUUGAUGGAGAUGCAGAUAUUCAACAGAAUAACAGUAUGAGCAGUAAUAGUGAUAGUGGUAUUGGAAAUUUUAACCAAGAAGAGAAAAACAAUAGAGUUUUGGUAGUUGAUCUAGGAGCUAACUCAAAUAAACAAGUUCUUAGUAAUAUACAGGACAAUCCAGUAGAUAGAGGACAGGCUCUUUCCCACUGGAAUUUUGGUCAUGAACAAGAAGUAAGUAAGUUCCUAGCACCUUCAGCUCGCAUUGAAGUUCCAUUAGUUUCUUCCAAAAGCUCAAUUACAACAUGCAAGAAAAAUUCUAUGGACGUUUCCCAUCAAAGAUGGUUGCCUGUUCAUGUGUUAAACGGUUGGCAACAUGGAGGUGUAAGUGACCAAGAGUCAUAUACAGAUUCUACAGAUGGCUGGUCGAGUGUUAACUGUGGAACUCUUCCUCCUCCAAUGAAUAAGAUUCCUGCUGACAGAUACAGAGUUAAUGGCAGCUUUGGUCAGCCAUCUGAAAAGAAUGAAUUGCCCAAAAAAGGGUUUCAUAAGCAAAACACAUUUGACUGUCAACACAGCAUCAGAAAGGCCAAAGAAGAUAAAAAGUGUGCAAAGUUUGAGCCUACUUCUGGAUUAGUACAACUUCCUCAGCAUUCUUCUGCUCGAAGAUCAUCUGGACGGUUGAAGAGAUUCAGUAUUACUCGUUCACUCGAUGAUCUUGAGUCUGCAGCUGUGUCUGACGGAGAGCUAAAUCACACUGAUUUGAAAGAUUGUGUCAGUGAUAAUAGCCUCAGCAGCAAUGCCAGUCUACCAAGUGUCCAAAGCUGCCGACGACAUCGAGAAAGAAGAGUUGCAAGUUGGGCUGUUGCAUUUGAAAGGCUUCUUCAGGAUCCACUUGGUGUUAGAUAUUUCUCUGAGUUUUUACGAAAGGAAUUUAGUGAAGAAAAUAUUUUAUUUUGGCAGGCCUGUGAAUGUUUUAACCAUAUAUCUGCUCAUGACAAAAAAGAGCUUUCUUUCAGAGCUCGGGAGAUCUUUAAUAAAUUUUUAUGUAGCAAAGCUACAACCCCAGUUAAUAUUGAUAGUCAGGCACAGCUGGCAGAUGACGUUCUUAAUGCACCGCACCCAAAUAUGUUCAAAGAUCAACAGCUCCAGAUUUUCAACUUGAUGAAGUUUGACAGCUAUACACGUUUUUUGAAAUCUCCACUUUACCAAGAAUGUAUUUUGGCAGAAGUCGAAGGCCGUCCUGUCCCUGAUCCACAAUAUAUUCCUAGUAGCCCCACUUCUAAGCACAGUUUUGGUUCUGAAUGGUCCAGUAUUUCAACAUCAAAAAAGUUGAGUGGAAAAUCCAAGUCUGGGCGAUCCUUAAAUGAAGAAUCUGGGGAUGAAGGCUCUGAGAAAAAGAAAAAAGGGAUCUUUUUUUCCUGGUCUAGAAGCAAGAGUUUGGGGAGGUCACAGAAAAAAAAGGAGAAUGGUGAUUGCCCCAAAGAUUCUACUCAUACCAAUGGGUUGUCCAUCAGACAUGAAUCUCAAGACUCAUUGUCAUCAGCUGCAAGUCUUGAAAUGUUUGACUCCUACAAGGCAUCUGGACGUGUAGUUGAGAAAGAGGAGUCAACUCAGUGCUGCCAUAUAAACCUUCCAGAUGGCUCAUCCUAUAUGAUGACCGUUAGAGCUGGAUUUUCAAUCAAGGAGGUGUUAUCUGUGUUCUGUGAGAACCAUGGUAUUAACAUAGCUGCAGUAGAUCUGUUUUUAAUUGGUGGAGAUAAGCCACUUGUAUUGCAUCAGGACAGCAGCAUUUUAGAUUCUCGAGCUCUUCGUUUGGAGAAGAGAACUUUAUUUCGGCUGGAUCUCAUUCCUAUCAAUAGAUCUGUUGGCUUAAAGGCUAAACCUACCAAACCAGUAACAGAAGUCCUACGGCCAGUGGCUGCAAAAUAUGGUUUAAAUCUUAAUAAUCUUGUGGCAAGGCUAAAUGGUGAGCAAGAACCAAUGGAUCUUGGAGUUCCUAUCUCUAAUCUGGAUGGUCAGCGGGUUAUUCUAGAUGAAAGGCUACCAAAAAAGGGGAAAGAUCAAGGAAAGUGUGCAUCAUUAAAACAAGGUGCAGCUAUAACUUCCUAUGCAGGAAAUCAAGCCCUUACAGGAGAGGAAAGAAAUCUAGGAAAGUCUAAUUCUAUUAAAAUAAAAGGAGAAAGUGGAAAAAACUCUAGGGAUGUCCAUCUAGCAAAAAGAGAAGAAUAUAUUGCACAGACUGGGGAAAAAAUGUAUCAGAAAAUUAAUUUGGAUGAAGCAGAGGAAUUUUUUGAACUCAUAUCCAAAGUACAAAGUCACAGAGCAGAGGACCAGCGAGGGCUGCUGAAGAAGGAAGACCUGGUUUUACCUGACUUUCUCCAUUUACCUCCCUGUGGGUCAGAACCUUCUUCUUCAUCUACACCUGAAGGGUCUUCAGGCUGCAACAAGAGAGUUGCGCAUCCUGAUGUCAACGACAAAUGCACACAGUUAAGUGGCAAAGUGGGAUUCAUGAAAAACAGAAAAGGCUCAGCUGUGAAAAUUAAUCUUUCAGGAAGUAAACAGAAACCAGCUGCACUGGCAACUUCCAUCAACCAGAAGACUUGCAGUGUUCCUUUUAGUGCACCAAUGUCUCCAACUUUGCUUUUUCAGGAUGCUACGAUAUGGAAAAUGCAAUCAAAAGAAAUGCUGAUUGAAAGUAUACAAACAGUUGAGGAUGAGAAUGUAGCCGACUUGACUCUGGUGGCUGAGGGAGACAUUAGCAGCCCUAACAGUACGUUGUUGCCACCGACGCCACCCUCUUCGUCAGGCAAAAGCAGCACUCUUGCAGAAGCCAAGUACCCACCUCCAGUUUUACUAACAGGUAAUCAGGAAAAGCCUUCCUAUGAGAAGUUCAAAUCAGGUGGAAUCCACAAACAGAAAACAGAUGUGCAAAUAAGUGGAGGAAACUUUUAUGGACAAAGCUCCAAAAAAACGAAUAGCGACUUUAACUCAGGUAGAGUUAGGAAGAAAAUGUUCAGAAAUGAACUCCCUAUAAAUUGCAUCAUAGAUGUAGAUGGAGUUAAAACAGAAGACAGCAUUGAAUGGUCUUAUAAUGAAACAGAUGAAAAUCUCAGUUUUGAAGGCUAUAUCUCAGAACUGAAAUCUUGCGAGGGGAGGAUGCGAACAGGAGUUUACAGGACAUCAGAUCUUCCAUCUCUCAUUGCUGUUAAGAGUGAGAAAAAUAAGCAUAAUGAGAACCAAUGCAAAACAACUUUUGUUUGAAGUUGUUAUAUGCAUGGUUCUUGUAGUUUUUUCCUCUGAGAUCAUUGCAAGGUUUGAUGCACACGGCAGAACCAUUCCAUCAGGGUGCUGAGAGAUUUCAGUUUUUGCUGCUUAUUGCCUGUUAGUAAUAACACACAAUUCACUUUUAUUGGGAGAGAGUGGAAGCUGCUGACAACAUUUGAGAAAAUCCAAGAGAAAAGUCAACUGUGUUACAAAAUGUACCUGAAUUUAUUUCUCAA